UGAGCGGCGCCUUCUGGUCUUCGCGACGCGCCUGCGCGGGGAGGUGGCGGCGGGGGUCCUCCCACGCACUGGAGAGAAGAGCGGCGGCGGUCCUAGAGAGGCCGGACCGCGUUCCUAGAAAAGCCCCGCUCGGCUGCCGGCGGGUCGCGCUCCGCGGCUUUGGGAACCUGUGCGGUCGGGAGAGCCGCGUCUUUGCUGAGCAACAUCCUUGAGCUUUUUCCGUCGCCGAAUAGCAGGAGGACGUGCUCGUAUCCGGCGCCUGCGGGGUGCCUCGGGGUGCGUGGGAGGCGCAGGUGCCCCUCCGUGACUUGGACAGCCAUGCUGCCUGGACACCAGAUGUACAUUUGGAAAAACAUUUCUGAAGUGCAAACGUGGGCUAAAUGAGCCUUUUCCUUGAAGCCUUAAAGCUCAGCAUGGAUGAAGCUUUGCCAGGCCCCACCUCUGAAAAUGGAGACAGCCUUGUGAAAGUGAAGGAGGAAGACCCCACCUGGGAGCAGAUGUGCAGCUUCCAGGAGAGCAGCUGCGACACUCGGGAACUUUGCCGCCUGCGCUUCCGGCAGUUCUGCUACCAGGAGGUAACAGGACCCCGAGAGGCUCUGGCCCAACUCCAAGAACUUUGCCAUCAGUGGCUGCGGCCUGAGACCCACAGCAAGGAGGAGAUCCUGGAGCUGCUUGUGUUGGAGCAGUUCCUGACCAUCCUGCCCAAAGAGCUCCAGGCCCGGGUGCAGGCCUGUCAUCUGGAGAGCAGGAAGGAUUUCGUGACUAUGCUGGAGAAUCUACAGAAAGACACAGGAGACCCAGGACAGCAGGCGUCUAUCUAUACUCAGGGACAGGGCCUGUACCCACUGGUGACAGAAUAUCAAAGAGCCUCUUUGGAGUGUAAGAGUCUCCAGCUCCUGCCCAGGAAACCCCCCUUGAAGUGUGAACUUCCUGAACUCUGCCAAGAAAACCCUGAAGAAACAUCAUUGAAGAUGGAGGAAGAAGCCAUCCAGGCCCUUGUCACAGAGGAACGGCCGCCUUGGAGUCUGGCUCACAGGAGCCCCUGUGGAAACUCAGCUCAAGAGAAGGUUACAAACACCAGUCCAGUGGCUGAAGAAGUUGUAACUAAAGAUGCAUUAUUUAAUGCAAAGCAAGAAACUUCUGAAGAACUGCAGCACAGUGCUGAGGCCUCAGGAAUACCCAGCAGAGAUUGUGUGCCACAGCCACCUUGUUGUACUUCUGUCCACACCGACAAGACAGUUGCACAUUUGAACACCCCGAAGGACCGUCACCCGGGUGACUUGUGGGCCCAAAUGCACAUCUCCUCCUUGGAAUAUGCUGCAGGAGACAUGAUGCGAAAAGGGAGAAAAAAGGACAAAGCUCGAGUGAGUGAACUGCUCCAAGGCCUUGCAUUUUCUGGUGACUCAGAUGUGGAAGAAGAUAACAAGCUUGAGGCCUACCAUGCUCAAAAAAAGCUAAGGCUGUCAAAUGUGCCAGAGAAGAAUUGGACCAAAAGAGACAUUAAACCUAACUUCCCAAGCUGGUUAGCACUAGAUUCUGGACUUUUGAAUCUCAAGAAUGAGAAGCUGAACCCAGUAGAACUCUUUGAAUUGUUUUUUGAUGAUGAAGUAUUCAACUUGAUUGUCAAUGAAACCAAUAAUUAUGCAUCUCAGAAAAAUGUAAACUUGGAAGUCACAGUUCAGGAAGUAAGGUGUGUGUUUGGUAUCUUGCUUUUGAGUGGAUUUGUGAGGCGUCCCAGAAGGGGAAUGUAUUGGGAAAUCUCUGAUGCUGACCAGAACCUGGUUAGAGAUGCAAUUAGAAGGGACAGAUUUGAAUUGAUUUUCUCAUACCUACAUUUUGCAGAUAAUAGCCACCUAGAUCAAAAAGAUAAGUUUACAAAAUUGAGGCCUCUCAUAAAGCAAAUGAAUAGAAAUUUCCUCCUGUAUGCUCCCCUGGAAGAAUAUUAUUAUUUUGAUAAGACAAUGUGUGAAUGUUUUGAUAGUGACCAAUUCCUGAAUGGGAAACCUAUUAGAAUUGGCUAUAAAAUUUGGUGUGGCACAACCACACAGGGUUAUCUGGUGUGGUUUGAGCCCUAUCAAGAAGAAUCAAUGGUGACGGUGGAUAAGGAUCUUGAUCUUGGUUUAGGUGGAAAUCUAGUGAUGCAUUUUGCUGAUGUUCUUUUAGAGAGAGGCCAAUAUCCCUAUCACCUGUGUUUUGAUAGCUUCUUUACAAGCGUCAAAUUGGUAUCAGCCUUGAAGAAGAAAGGAGUGAGGGCCACAGGAACGAUUCGUGAAAAUAGGACUGAAAAAUGUCCCCUCAUGAAUGUAGAACAUAUGCGAAAAAUGAAGAAGGGGUAUUUCGAUUUCCGAGUCGAAGAAAAUGAGGAGGUAAUUUUGUGUCGCUGGCAUGGUGAUGGCAUUAUAAGUCUGUGCUCCAAUGCUGUGGGCAUAGAACCAGCCAGUGAGCUAAACUGUUCUGAUGAGGAAGAGAUCCAUCAGAUAGCUCAACCAUCUAUAGUGAAAUUGUAUGGUGAAUGCAGGGAAGGUGUAUCUAAAAUGGAUCAAAUCAUUUCCAAAUACAGGGUAAGAGUAAGAAACAAGAAAUGGUACUCAGUUUUGGUGAGCUACAUAAUUGAUGUAGCCAUGAACAAUGCAUGGCAGCUACACAGAACCUGUAACCCAGGUACUUCUCUAGACCUCCUGGAUUUUCGGAAAUAUGUUGCACAUUUCUACUUGGAGCACAAUGCUAAUCCAUCAGAUUAAGGCAGAUAAAAUGAACAUGGUGCCAAUAUUAAGACAAAUUACAGGUACAAAUCAGACUUUACCCUUCCAAAGCAAACCUGGUGUAUGUGAUGAAAUUAAGUAAUUUAUAUUUUCAAAAGUCAAACAUCUAUAUAGAGUUUCAAAGACUAUUAUAACAAGGAACUAAAAAAAUUUUUUAAAAUUACAAUGUUGGGAUCCCUGGGUGGCACAGCGGUUUGGCGCCUGCCUUUGGCCCAGGGCGCGAUCCUGGAGACCCGGGAUCGAGUCCCACGUCGGGCUCCCGGUGCAUGGAGCCUGCUUCUCCCUCUGCCUGUGUCUCUGCCCCUCUCUCUCUCUGUGUGACUAUCAUACAUAAAUAAAAAAUUUAAAAUUACAAUGUUGAACUUGAGUGCUACCUUUUUCU